CUGCCUCUGCUGCGAGAUCUCCUGUGAUAGCCUCUUUCUGCCCUUCCCCCAGUGCUGCGGGGGGCGUGGGGGCCUCCCUCUGGCAGGAGGAGUGGGGGAGUGCUUCGUCUCUGGCAGCGUUAAGGGGAGGCCCUUCUCCCUGGCAGUGGGUUGGGUGUCCCCGUGGCGAUGCUGGGGAACCCAUUCCUCUGGCGGGGAGUAUGGGAGUCCCCUUCUCUGGCAGGAUUAGGAGUCUCUCCCCUUCCUCUGGCAGAUGGUAUUUAUUGGGGCCCCCUCCCCCUGGCAGGGUGGGUGUAUGUGGGGAGGGGUGGGGAUAAUCUGCUCCUUUUCAAAUCAAACCCCAAGCAGCUUUUCACCUCAAAACAAGGGGGACUCUUGCUAUAAGGGAAUGCUAAAUUAGAAACUUAAAUAGUGGGGUUCAUAAGCAAGAAGUGGGAGAGGUUAUUUGCACAGAGAGGGAAAUUAGGCUGAGUUGAAUUUUUCCAUUUAAUUUAGACCCUAAAGUGCUGAUGGGAUUCCCUGGCCUGAUUGCUCCCUUGUCAUGCCAUGAGUUGUGGCAGUUAGGCCAAUUAGCUUUCCUUCCCAGGAAUUUCAGAUUUCUAAUCUCAACUAAAAAAAGUUGCGUUUUUGGUUGUUUAUGUGAUUGUUAGCAGCUCAUAGUCUGAGGGAUUAACAGGAUCUGGUUAUUUGAUUCUCCCCCACCCCCCUUCCAGAUUCAGCAACUCAGUAUCAGAUGGAGGAAUGAAUUAGUUCAAAACCUGCUUUUCAGUGGUUCUUGAGAGGGGGGAUGCAGAAUCAGGUCAGGAGUAUUUUGUGGGGGCUUGAAAAGCACAGUGCUUUAAGCAGUUGUGGUUGUACCUGAAGACUCAAGUGGGAAAACCUGAAGGGCUUUGGUUUGAAAAGGAUCACAUCACAUACUGUAGGCAUUUGCUCCCUCAAUCCCACUUCAUUAGGCCUCUUUCAGUGGUUACAUGUGAUUUCCAGGUCCUAGGUUCACAACCACAUUUACUUGAUUGGAAUAAAUAUUCACUGAAGGGAAGUGGUUGGAACCCCAUUAUGUGAGACUGGACUGGGCAGAAAAGAUUCAUGAUGCCUUGUUUGGAGUAGUUAACCUAACAGGUCUUUCCCAUUUAUGAUUUCACUGAUUGAAGUCAAACAUCUAAAUUGGAAAACAGAACAGAAAUUAAUCAGUGUGUAUUCUUAUAGUUGUAUGUUAUUGUUAAUAUGGAAGUUUAAGCUUAGUGAUGGGGCCUCUCAUCUAAUGGUACAGUAGUUUAUUUUUGUGAUGAGAAAUUUCAUUAGCCAGUUCCAUGGUGUGAAUUAAGGCUGUUGUGGUUUCAUAUAGCAAUGGCCUGAGAUAGAACAGCUGCAGAAAUUGUUGGGAGCAAACUCUAAGUAUGUGCAUGUGUAUAUAUACAUAACAUUUAAAACCAAUAACAAUCUACAUUUGUAAGUUAAGGAGGUUUGCAUUUAUGAACAAAAGAUGAAACAUUAUGCACUAACCUUAUCAGCUCCUUUGGAAAUUCAGAUUUUUAUCCCCAACAGCAUGAAAUCUUUUCCCCCAGUUGAAGAAAGCCUAUUACUGUGGGAAGACUGGGGCAGAAAUUUGCCUGUGGAUAAACACCUUGGUUAACAAGACCAACAUAUCUCAAUAACGUUUUCUAUUAGUUAUAUGUACUUCCUUUGUUUUUGAUUUAGCAAGAUGGCUCAGUCAAGAAUUGUGUGUGUGAAGACUAACCAGCGGAGUGAAGUUUACGAUCUCUUUAUUAUCUAUUGGUUUCUAAUAUUGCUACGUAAAGGAGAAAUAUGUCAAACGUUAUCUUAAUGCGGCACUUUUUCUGCACACAUUUCUGCUUAGGAGAUGAAAUCACAUUGUUGGUUAUUGGUGCCAUUUUUAUGGUGAACCUCCUUAAAUUGCAUGUAUAUGUUACUGUUCCUAUGUAUGUUUGUCUCUCUAUCACAUAACCCAGAACUUAUUUCCUCAGCCAAAUGGCUAGGGGCCGAGCCUAGCCAUGAUUUUACCUCCAAUGGACGCAAGUUUCUUUGGUGAAGAUCUCUCCUGAGAGUUCGGGACUAGCAGAAAGAAGCGAGAAAAUUUCGACCGUUUGGUUCUUACGGAUAGGUAUUUAUGUAUUCGGGUUUGUGUGAAUGUAAGCUAUUUGACUUUCCAGAAAAAGUAUUUUGCAAGUGACAUUGAAUGGUUGGUUGAACCAUAAACGGUAAGAACUAUUAAGGAAAUGAAUCCCAUUUAAACUAUUAAAGGAUACUUUUGCCUUUAAUUGUACUCUUUUUAUUAUUCUGUUAAAGAGGAAUUUAGACUAUUAAAAUAUUUCAUUUUGAUAGUUGGUGUGAAAUGAGUAGCAAAAUUAAAUGUAACUUCUAAAAUGAGUCACGUUUUAACAUUAGUAUUUUUUCAUUUUAAUGGGUAAGUAUUUUUAAGUAGUCACACAAACCCAAACCCUAAGUUUUCUGCAUUGACCAGCUUUUUCAUCUUGCAGGUAUGAUGGACGUGGUCACCUCCAUGACCUCUCUGAAUAUGACGCUGAAUAUUCCACAUGGAACAGAGAUUAUCAAUUGUCUGAAGAGGAGGCUAGAAUAGAUGCCCUCUGUGAUGAAGAGAGAGGAAGAAUAUAAGAGACUGAGUGAAGCUUUAGCGGAAGAUGGUACCUAUAAUGCCGUGGGAUUCAGUUAUGGCAGUGAUUAUUAUGAUCCUUCACAACCCACGGAGGAGGAGGAGCAGCAGGCCUCCAGAGAAAGAGAAGCAGCUCAGGCAGAAAAUGUCGAAGAAAAUGAAGAACCUUUCAUUGCUCCCUUGGGACUGAGUGUACCUUCUGAUGUAGAACUGCCACCAACUGCAAAAAUGCAUGCAAUUAUAGAGCGUACUGCAAAUUUUGUGUGCAAGCAGGGAGUUCAGUUUGAGAUUAUGCUGAAAGCCAAGCAAGCCCGCAAUUCUCAGUUUGACUUCUUGCGAUUCGAUCACUACCUCAACCCCUAUUACAAACUCAUUCAGAAGGCUAUGAAGGAGGGACGAUAUGCUGCUCCUUCUGAAAACAAAAUGGAAGAAAAAAAGAAUUCAAAAGUUAAUUCUGAUGAAGAGGAGGAUGACGACGAUGAAGAUGGCAACUACCUGCAUCCGAGUCUCUUUGCCUCAAAAAAGUGCAAUAGACUUGAAGAGCUUAUGAAGCCUUUAAAAGUGGUGGAUCCUGAUCAUCCACUUGCAGCACUUGUCCGCAAAGCUCAGUCUGACAAUAACUCAUCUACCCCACAAUCAGCAGAUAGUGCAGCCAUACAGACAUCACAGGCGGACUAUCCUGCAGAUUCAACAAUGGCAGCCAUGUAUUACAGUUACUAUAUGCUACCCGAUGGAACCUAUUGCCUGGCACCUCCACCCCCAGGAAUAGAUGUUGCCACCUAUUACAGUGCACUGCCUGCAGGGAUCACUGUAUCAAGCACUACAGGAGUAACAUCAGUAACCUCAGUACCUCCACCUCCUGGUACUACACCUCCACCUCCCCCAGAUACAACUGAUUCCAAUAGUGGGUUGAAAUCUACUACACCUGCUCCAAGCACAAUUGCUCCAGUGGUUGCCAUUAUCCCACCACCUCCAGAUAUCCAACCUGUUAUUGACAAGCUGGCUGAAUAUGUUGCUAGGAAUGGAAUUAAGUUUGAAACCAGUGUUCGUGCCAAGAAUGAUCUGAGGUUUGAGUUCCUGCAACCAUGGCACCAAUAUAAUCCCUACUAUGAAUUUAAGAAACAAUUCUUCCUUCAAAAAGAGAGCAGUGACAGCUCUCAGGGUGUAUCUUUAUCAGAAGAUGUUCCAGCAGAUACUGCUUCUGACACACAGGGUGAAACUCAGUUUCUGGAUGAUCACACUUCUGAAGAUGCAUCUGAGAUGGGUGCUCCAGGAAUUAAGAAGGAUUCACCUGUCAGUAAAACUAUCAGCGAUGGUAAAUUGGUGAAAGCAUCAUUUGCUCCAAUAAGCUUUGCAAUCAAGGCCAAAGAAAAUGACCUCCUUCCCUUGGAGAAAAACCGUGUUAAGCUAGAUGAUGACAGUGAUGAGGAGGAGGAAGAGGGCAAGGAAGGCCAAGAGAAUACUAGCAGCUCUUCAAAUAUUAAUCCAACACUCGCCGCUCCCUGUACUGCUGCCGAAGAGAAAAAACCUCAGCUUACCCAAGAGGAGUUGGAAGCCAAACAAGCAAAGCAAAAACUAGAGGACAGACUGGCAGCUGCCGCAAGAGAGAAGCUAGCACAGGCCUCCAAGGAAUCAAAAGAAAAGCAGCUUCAAGCAGAACGCAAACGGAAAGCUGCACUGUUCUUGCAGACCCUGAAGAAUCCCUUGGCAGAAGCAGAAGUUGAGAAAAUUGAGGAGAAUUCCUUUAAUAUGGAGAAAUGCCAAGAGGGGAAGUGUCAUCAACCAGGGAAAAGAGUCAGAAGGCUUUGCCAUGAGUACUGUAGCAAGGCUGUCAGUAACAUACCAUAUCCUUUGUUGACUGGAGUCAGAACUUUACCCACCGUAGAAGUUAAAUCAUCAGAAAGGCCUUCAAGCCAAAGCAAAGAUCCUCCCAGAGAUGAAGAAAAGGAAAAGAAAAAAAAGAAACACAAGAAAAGAUCUCGGACAAGAUCUCGGUCACCUUCCAAAUAUCAUUCAUCAUCUAAGUCCAGGUCUAGAUCACAUUCAAAAGCAAAGCAUGCACUUCCCACUGCCUAUAGAACUGUCAGGCACUCAAGACUCACAGCAUCCACAGGGACACUGAGCAUGGAGCCGAGUCUGAGCAACUCAUCAAUGGCAGCAGCAACAGAGCGAGAAAAUUAUCAGGCAGCUUCGACAACGAAAAGAUUUGACUGCUGGAGCUCUUUAGAGGGAAAUCCUGGUAAAACGUCAAGGUCGCGAUCGAGAUCUCCUCGGAGAAGGGUCCACUCACCUGAAAGGCGAAGAGAGGAAAGGGCUGUCCCAACGGCUUAUCGCAUUAGUAACAGUCCUGGAAUGAGUAGGAAACGCACACGUUCCAGAAGCCCCCAUGAAAAGAAGAAGAAACGACGGUCUAGAUCAUGUACCAAGUCCAAAGCUAGGUCUCAUUCACCAUCCAUGUCACCUGGCAAACAGUCCACACAUAAGAACUCUGUACGUUCAACUAGUGUAUCUCCUGUGGAGAGUAGGGAAUCCAGCCAAGAACGCUCCAGGGGCGUUUCUCAGGAAACAGAUGGCCAGAUCUCUUCAGCAAUCGUGUCUUCAGUGCAAAGUAAAAUAACUCAGGAUCUUAUGGCCAAAGUGAGAGCGAUGCUUGCAGCUUCCAAAAACAUACAAACUAGUGCCUCCUGAGACUUGUUGAAGUGACCAUCAAGAAAACGGUGUGAAGAGGAACACUUUAAAAAACUGCCUCAUCUCAAAUGUACAGCCGGCAAAUUUUGCUCAUUUUGGUUCAGUUCUCUUUUGUCUAAAGUUAUCAAAACCUGAAGAACUGAAAACCUUAUCUGUACAGAACUGUCCCGUUGGAACUUCAAUGACUUUUUGCACCCAGAAUCUCUCUUGACAGCUUUUGGUUUUUGUAAAUUGAUUUUUUUGACUAAUUCUUCAGUAAGAUUUUAUGAUCAGCAGUCUGUCUGUAUAUAUGUAAAUAUCAUGUUUCUGUGAUAAAGUAUUACUCAAUAAAAGAGGAGAGAAACAUCUUUUAUUAGCUA